AUGCCCUACCUUACCGCCGCUGCGUCUGCGGGCAAAAAGAGGAAAAGAGACGUCGAGGACCGCCAUGCCAAUCAGCGCGCAAAGACCAAGAGCAGAUCAAAACCUACAGCCGCUGAAGAGGAGGAUCCCCAGGCGCAGAUAUUGCUCCUAGAGAACCAGAUUUUGGAGUCGCGACGCCACUACAACAAUAUCGCUACUCUUCUAUCAACUGCGCGGCAAACGAAUGGUGACAGCGAGAUCACUCAAACUGCACUCAUAGCACUAUGCCGCGUCUUCAGCCGGUUGAUGGCCGCUGGGAGUAUGGUGAAGCGCAGGACAACACCGGAGACUGAGGUUGUCAUAACUCAGUGGCUGAGAGGGAGAUAUCAAGAAUACACACAGCUGUUGCUAGACUCUUUGCGCGGCGUGGAUGCCGUAGAGCAGAGCACGGUUUUGACGCUGCUCAUGCGCCUGGUCAAGGAGGAAUCGAUACACCUGCACAAUCAAGGCGACAACGCUUGGAAAAACGGGCUGUUUGCAAGGGUGAUUGGGGCUCUGCUCGAACUGUCCGAGUCUGCUGAUCUGGUCAACGGAUUCCUGGAGGAGUAUGUGGAGGAAUACGAUGAUGUUAGGUUCUACAUGUUUCAGGUGUUACCGUCGCUGUUACGAGCCGACAGAACACCAGACGCGCAAGAACGAGCGACAGUCAAUGCACUGGCUCUGCUCUCCGGUAUCGAAAACGUACCUGAGAGCAAAGACGACCUUGAUAGCUACUUUGGCGAGGCACCUGACCGUGAGAAGCACUCUCUGAAGUCUCUCCAGUCGCACAAACGGCAAGCUCAAGAUGCUUGGUUAGCUUUACUACGCUCAGGGUUGAGUAAGGAGCAACGUAAAGCUGUGCUGGGUAUCAUGACCCAUCGCGUUGUGCCGUGGUUCGUCAAAGUGGAACUCCUCAUGGAUUUCCUGACGGACUCGUACAACGUUGGCGGUGCGACGUCGCUUCUGGCACUAUCCGGCUUGUUCUAUCUAAUUCAGGAGAAGAACCUGGAUUACCCCUCGUUUUACCCGAAACUGUACUCGUUACUUGACGCUGGAAUACUACACUCCAAACAUCGGUCGCGCUUCUUUCGCCUGCUAGACACAUUUAUGUCUUCGACACAUCUACCCGCUGCGCUUGUUGCAAGCUUUAUCAAGCGGCUAUCCAGACUAGCCCUGCAGGCGCCGCCAGCCGGCAUUGUGGUGGUCGUGCCUUGGGCGUACAACAUGCUGAUGAAGCACCCAAGCUGCACGUUCAUGAUCCACCGGGAGAUUCGUGUUCCAGAAGCUCGGAAACAAUUGGAGGAAGAAGGCAUGGAUGACCCAUUCGACAUGAACGAGGUAGAUCCUAUGCAGACAGGCGCGAUCGAGAGCAGCCUCUGGGAGAUUGAGACGCUGCAGUCGCAUUAUCAUCCGAACGUUGGGACGCUGGCGAAGAUCAUCUCUGAGCAGUUUACUAAGCGGUCUUACAACCUGGAAGACUUUCUUGACCAUUCGUACAAUGGUCUGAUUGAGGCCGAACUGGCAAGAGAGCUCAAGAAGGCGCCGGUGGUCGAGUAUGAGAUACCUAAGCGUAUUUUCACUGACGAAGGGGAAGGAGUAGGGCAUUUGGGUGGGUUGAUGGCUAAGGUGCUUGAGGUAAGCAAGCUAGAUAGCGAAUGA